AUGUCAGCCAGUACUCUCCUCGGACUGAAUCCGUCCAACAAAGCCUCAAAGUUCGUCAAGAAACGCAUCGAGCCUCCACCCCGCCAUCCAGGACGUGUAGCAGCAGCAAAACCGAUUCCCAGCGACAGCGACGGUGACAGCUACUCCACAGCCUCCGAAGAGGAAAUCAUCUCGGAGCUCGAUGAGGAAGCCCUCUCGAUGCUCCCUCUUCACCUUCAGAAUAACAUGCGUGAACUUCAAGCCGAGCGAGUCAGUCGAUUGAAGGCAGAGCAACGUCUAAGCCGGAGACAACUGCAACGCAAACCCCGCUACAGUCUGCAUCGAGUGGAUGAGAAAGUUGAACCCAAACAAGAAUCAGAACCGCAACCGAAAACGAAGUUAACAGGGGAAGAGUACAAUGCGCAAUAUGCGGAGAAGUGGUUCAAGAAGACUCUUGCAAACAUCGCCGCGACAAGAGAGCUGGAGGUUAAGCGAGUUAUGGAAGGCUUCAGUGAUGAUGACGAUGACAGCUCUCGGCGUCGAACUUGGUGUCCCAUACGGCAUGAAUGGGUCCCUGUUGCGUACGGGCAGGCACAGAUGGAGAGCAAAAUCAUUGACGGCAACGGGACUGCGAAUAUGAAUCGAGCUGGAGGCAAUCGUGCUUCCAGACUAUGUGGCAUUCCGGAUCGAAGGGAGAGCGCUUUGUCUCAGAAAGACGUGGUAGUCACUGAGCGGUAUCUACUUACGAGUCGCCAUGACUGCAGGGAGUCAUCGAACGAAGGCUAUAUGUCGUGGAGGUGCGCCGGGCCGUACUAUGUCUACGAAACUCGAGCUAGUCAGGACUGCUCCCAGCAGCCGGAACAGUCGGAGCAGUCGAGUGAGAGCCUGUCAUCAAUCGUAUCGACCGCGCGUGAUCGUGUACGCAUGAAGAUUCGGAGGGUCAAGAAUGUCUUCAAGAGAUAA